AUCUAGCUAUACAUAUACACAGCUUAAUUUGUAUGUCAAACCAAUUAAUAACACACACAAAUUCAUAAAUAUCAUAACUUUGAAAUAAUAACAUCUUAAUUUCCUAAAUAUCUCAAGUACUAAGUUUUGAUAUAUUUACAAAAAUCUUUUGCAAGUAUAUAUAAUACUAGGGGGUAAUAAUUAAUUAUUAGUAAAAAAUGGAAGGGGGUGUGUUUGAAGAUGAGAGGAUAAUUGGUAUUGGCAACAAAAGGGGUAGAGAUCAAAAUGAUGAGAAAGAAGGUGAGAAAAUUGUAGGAAGGCUGGGAAAGAGGCCAAGUGGGAUAGUUGUGAUGGAUGAAGAAGAUCAAGAUCAAUACAGCUAUAGUGGUGAUGAAAUGAUCAAUGGAGUUAAAUAUGAAGAAGAAAAAUCAUCCACACCUACUUCAGCUACUGCUGGUGGUGGCUUUUUUAAUCAGCUAAUUACCAAUUUGGUUAAUAGCCCAAAAUCAUCAGCUGAUCGUCAUGGUUGUUCUGCUAAUAAGUUUGGUCAUGGAUCAGGUGAAAUAGUGGCCGGAGGAGGGGAUGAUGAUGAUGAUGGUCAUGUUGUGGUGGAAAAUGGUGGUGGUGCUGGUGCUGAUCAUGAAAAUAAUAAUGAUAAAGAGAAUGGUGGUGGUGAGAGCAUUAUUGAUGACAUAGUAGCAAAACUGCCUAGAACUCUUUCUGAGGAUACAGUUACAGCUCCGGAGCCGGACGAGGCUUCAAUAUUGUUACACUCUAUCAUCCAUGACUAGUAGCGUUGGGACUUACUAUAGAGAGUUUGACUUUUGGUUGUACUAUGUUGUUUUAUUUUGACUUUGUGUUAUUAUGAAUUCCUCAUGUUAUCUAUUCGUAAUGCUACUUGGUACCAUGUGUAUUCCGGAA